AUGUCUGAUAUGUCAGUUCCUGUUGAUUGUUUAAAUUCGAUUGUUAAUUCAACGAAUUUAACAUUUGUUCGACGAACAACAUUGAAUGAAUGUCUAUUUUCUAAAUCAGCUGGUUUUAUUCUUCUUCUUGUUGUAAUAAUAUCAUUAAUAAUUAAUAUUUAUUCUUUAAGUAUCACUGAAAAAGAUUCACAAAUAUCAACUAAUGAUAAAGAACUUACUUUUGGUAUGUUCAUAUCUUCUUUAUGUAUUAUUAUUAUAAGUACACCAUCAGUUCUUAUACAAUGUUUUCUUUGUCGUCGUUUAUGUUUACCAAUAAUUUGUCGAAUAGAAGGUUUUAAUUCAUUUUUUAAUGGUUGUACAACUAUGUAUAUGCUUGUUGCAUUAUCAAUUAUACGUUAUAUAACAACAGCUAAUUCAUCAUUUUCAAUAAAUUUUCAACGAAAAAUAAAAAAAUAUAAUUUAUCACUUCUUACUAUUUGUUUUAUUCUAGGAAGUAUUUGGGCUGUACCACCUUUAUUUAGUCAUAUGAGUUCUUAUGUCCCUGAAGGUCUUGGUUUUCAUUGUGGUCUUGAUUGGUAUGAUACAUCAUUAGCAAGUCGAAUUUAUUUUUUUCUACUUUUUAUUGGUGUUUAUUUUAUUCCAAUGAUAAUUAUUAUCUAUAUUAAUAUAAGUAUUCAACGUACGAUUUAUCGUUUAACGCAUUUACAUCCGACAGUUUUACUUGAAAUGAAUAAUAUUGAUACUGAAGAUCUUUUAUGUAAACAUAUUUCAAAUACAUUUUCUGAUGAUAUAAAACAACGUUUACAACAUUUAUAUGAUGAUCAACGAUUUGUUAUAGCUACAAGAAUAAGUGUUAUUAUUUAUUUAGUUGCAUGGACACCGUAUAGUAUUAUAGCUUUAUCACAAGUAUUUGGCGUUAGUUUUUCAUUAUAUAAACCAUGGGUUAUGACAUUAUGUGCACUUUUAGCUAAACUUUCAAUGAUUAUAAAUCCGAUUAUAUAUACAUUUAUACUUAAAAAUCGAGAAAUGCCUGCAAUGAUUACCAUUGAAGAACAAUUAUUCUGA